AUGAGCAACAAAUUGUGGGAGGUUGACCCCGAAACCAAGAGCAAGCUCGUAGAUAUUCAGAAGACCAAUGAGAACAACCGCUGCGUCGACUGCGGCGCUCCCAGUCCGCAAUGGGCGUCUCCCAAGUUCGGCAUCUUCUUCUGUCUGUCUUGUUCCGGUACUCAUCGCUCCCUUGGCGUCCAUAUCUCCUUUGUACGAUCAAUCACCAUGGACUCUUUCAAGGUCCAGGAAGUCGAGCGCAUGUCUCAAGGCGGCAACAAGCCCUGGAAACAAUUCUUCGACGCUCACGAAUCAAACACCUUGCAAGGCCGCACUUUCGAUGACUGCACGAUCCAGGAACGUUACGAUAGUGGGGCCGGUGAAGAGUGGAAGGAGCGCAUGACUGCAAAAGUGGAGGGCAAGGAAUAUGUUCCAGGUACAAAGAGCAGUGGCACGCCUGCUCGCGCAAAGCCUGCCACCUCGACCUCAACAAGCAGGAGUCAGACUCCUCUCGGUGCCUUCUCCACUGCUCCCCCGUCUCAGAAGACUCAGAACGAGGCCUACUUCGCUCGUAUGGGUGCCGAGAAUGCCCAUAGGCCCGACACGCUCCCUCCUAAUCAGGGCGGAAAGUUUGCCGGAUUCGGUAGUGAACCAAUGCCCUCAUCCUCCUCGAAAUCAACAUCGAUCCCCGGUGUCGAUGACUUCCAGAAAGACCCUGUUGCUGCCCUUACAAAAGGCUUCGGCUGGUUGAGCAGCACUGUGACCAAACAGGCAAAGACUGGUUAUGAUGGAUGGGUCAAGCCCAACAUGCAGAAGCUGGCGGAGGCCGAUCUUGCUACGCAAGCACGCAUGACAGCAGCGCAACUAGGCCAGGGUAUCCAGACAAGCACAAAAGCAGCUGCUGAAAACUUCAACCGCUUCGUUGAAGGUGAUGAGAGACUGGCUCCAAAGGGAGCUAAGGGUCCGGCCGCGGACAAGCGAGACUUCUGGGAUAGUUUUGGCGAACCUCCUCAAGGACCCGCAAACGACAAGAAAGACUUCUGGGACGACUUCGCUGCCGCUGGUGAAACAGCCACUCUGAAGAAAGAGGCUUCAUCUAGUAUUGGAACGAGCGCCAUGAAGAAGCCUACGAGUUCACAGCAAAAGUCGGGUGAUGAUACAUGGGGCGACUGGUAA